AGGUGGCAUCUUGGCUGGCGGACGCAGCUCCGGUGGUGCGGACUGGGUUAGAUAGCGACUUCAUGGGGCACCGGCUUCUCUCUGGGCGAGGGGCGCAGGGACCUCGGGCCCGGGCCUCUUCCCGUCAAGAUGGCGGCGCCCAGCGCGCACUGUGGCUGCUAAGAGAGAGGUGAAGCGCAGUGGCUGAGAAGCGAGUGUGUGGUCGCGUUGCUGACUUCGAAACGCCCGCCCGCCCACCGUCUUCGUUUCCCGGCGAACGCUGGAGAGUUUUGGGCAGAAUAUCAGCCUUUUGACAUGGAUUUGCCAACAGCUGGAUUGCUGAUCAGGAGUACAUGUGUUGAUUGACAGCAGAGGCCUGCACUGAUGGUAUGAUCUGCUAAUCAAGAAUUUCUGAGAAGCUUCUAUAAUGGUCUGUUCAACCUUCAUCCGAGCUGCCCAUGAACACAUCUACCUAGUAAGGAAGAUCAGUCAUGUCUUCAAAUGCCAUCAGCGUCGGGCUUGGGGCUCAAGGCCAGCUGCAUCCCAGUUUCCUGCCCAAGGCGCUCCAGGCAGUGUGAUAGAGCUGCUGGGAAAAUCCUACCCUCAGGAUGACCACACCAACCUUACCCAGAAGGUCCUAUCUAAGGUGGGCAGGAACCUGCACAACCAGAAGUACCACCCUCUGUGGCUGCUCAAGGAGCGGGUAAAGGAGCACUUCUACCGGCAGUACAUGGGCCGCCCCGGGACCCCUCUGUUCUCCGUCUAUGACCAGCUGCCGCCAGUGGUUACCACCUGGCAGAACUUUGAUAGCUUACUAACCCCAGCAGACCACCCCAGCAGGAAGAAGGGGGACAGCUAUUACCUGAACCGGGUGCACAUGCUGAGAGCACACACGUCAGCACACCAGUGGGACUUGUUGCAUGCAGGACUUAAUGCCUUCCUCGUGGUAGGUGAUGUGUACCGGCGUGACCAGAUUGACUCCCAGCAUUACCCAGUUUUCCACCAGCUGGAGGGUGUCCGGCUCUUCUCCAAGCACGAGUUAUUUGCUGGUGUGAAGAAUGGAGAAAGCUUGGAACUCUUUGAAGAAAGUUCUCGCUCUGCUCAUAAGCAAGAGACACACACUAUGGAGGCCGUGAAGCUUGUGGAGUUUGACCUUAAGCAAGUACUGACUAGGCUUAUGACACAUCUUUUUGGAGAUGAGCUGGAGGUCCGGUGGGUGGAUUGCUACUUUCCCUUCACCCACCCUUCCUUCGAGAUGGAGAUCAACUUCCAUGGAGAAUGGCUUGAAGUCCUUGGCUGUGGAGUGAUGGAGCAGCAGCUCGUCAAUUCAGCUGGUGCUCAAGAUCAAAUUGGCUGGGCUUUUGGUCUCGGGUUAGAAAGACUGGCAAUGAUCCUCUACGACAUCCCUGACAUCCGCCUCUUCUGGAGUGAGGACGAGCGCUUCCUGAAGCAGUUCCGCGUGUCAGACAUCAAUCAGAAGGUCAAGUUUCAGCCUCUUAGCAAAUACCCCGCUGUGUUCAAUGACAUUUCAUUCUGGCUGCCCUCUGAGAAUUACAUGGAGAAUGAUUUCUAUGACAUCGUCCGAACAGUCGGGGGAGACCUGGUGGAAAAGGUUGAUCUUAUAGACAAGUUUGAACAUCCAAAGACACACAGGAUCAGCCACUGCUACCGCAUCACCUACCGCCACAUGGAGCGGACACUGUCCCAGAGAGAAGUCAGCAGUGUCCACCAGGCUGUGCAGGAGGCCAGUGUGCAGCUGCUGGGUGUGGAAGGCCGUUUUUGAUGUCCUGGUUUUCAGGCUACAGCCCUCAUGGACUUCCAAGACUUGCUGGAAACGGGGAAAGAUAUUGUUUGUGAGCUGGAGUAUCUGUCAUCUCUUGAUAAAUGCGUCUGCUUUAGGACUUUCAGGAAAUAAAGGAUUACUUUUG